UAAUUACAAGAAAAGGAAACGCAACUGCAACAUAAAAGUAGACUAGUCUGAGCUGCAGGAGAGCCAGAAACCAUUAUGAGUGUCUCUGGAGGCUCUGGGACUUCUUCUUUAGUUAGGCUACCAGCUCUAAGAAUAAAUAGAAAUUCUCCAUCUCCAGGGCAAUGGACUCUAGUUAGGGAGUACAACAUUGAAAAGAAGGAUCAGUACAAUGAAUGGUCAUCUAAUGUUAGCAGUCAACUUCUAAGAUUAAGACAGCAGUUGAUAUCAUACAUGACUGCAUCAAAGGCAUUAGAUGAAGAGAUUGAAGAAGAGACAAUCAAGUUAAUGACUCUCAAAGAGCUAGCCAUUCCACCUUCACCUCGAGCUCCAACUCCAAAGCAGCUUGACUGCAAAGGAGUAUCAGGUUCAACAUAACCUGCAAACUAUUGUCCACCAUCACAUCAUACACAACUAUAAUUUUUAAUGGAAGUUGUGACAUUAUACUAUAAUAAUACAGCUCUAUAAUUCUAUAUUAUGUUGCAAUGCAUUAAGAAUAUUAUGCUGAAGUCAAGAAACAUUAGUGAAUAUGAGAUUACAUUAAUUAGCACCAAA